AUGGAGGCAGUGAGAUGUUACUGGGAUCUUCCUUGGGUCAUUGGAGGAGACUUUAAUGAGAUUAUAUCUGUUCAUGAAAGGUCUUGUGAAGGUGAAAUUACAGCAAGAAUGAGAAAGCUUAACAACUUCAUUGCAAGACAUGAAUUGUAUGAUCUACCUCUCAAUGAAAUUGCAGCUAUUAGUAAGCAACACUUUGGUGAUUUGGAUAGCAGAAUGGAGGAACUAGAAGGCAUUUUCAUGACUUUGGAUGCUGAAGAGAACACUAAAAAUGGCAUGACUGAGGAGCAGUGGGAUGAAAGACUUCAAGCAAGACAAAAAUUCUGCAAACUUGAUAUUCUUAAAGCUGAGAAAUGGAGAACAAGAUCAAGAAUUACUCAUAUGAAGUUGCAUGAUGAUAACACUAAAUACUUCCACAUAUUAGCAACAGAUAGAAGAAGAAUGAGUUAUAUAGGAGCCAUCAAAGUCAAUGAUGCAGUAACAGUGGAUGAGAAGAAAAUAAAGAAGCCAUUGUUGAACAUUUUCAGAAAAAUUUUCAGCAACAAACUCCAAGAAAACAUGGACUCUAUGAACUUUAAUAAAAUUACAGAAGAGGUGAGGAUUUGGAUUGAAAGUGAAGUAACUGAAGAUGAAUGUUUGCAUUGUAUGAAGAAUUUGGGACAAAAUAAGGCUCCAGGGCCUGAUGGGAUUCCCAUUAUCUUCUAUGUUCUUUGUUGGGAUAUUAUCAAGAAGGAUACGACGUUGGUUUUCAAAGAGCUUACGGAUAAGAAUUUGUAUUGGAGGCAAAUCUUGUAUGGGGUUCUUGUAGCAAAUGAGAUUAUUGAUUCAAGAAUAAGAAGUGGAAGGCCUGGAAUUUUAGUAAAAGUAGACUCCGAAAAAGCUUUUGACCAUGUCAGAUGGGAUUUUCUAGAUGAGAUGCUCUCUCUAAUGGGAUUUGGAGAAAACUUGAGAAAAUGGACACAACGCUAUGUUGAGUAUGUCAGAUUUUCUAUUCUAAUCAGUGGUUCAGCUACAGGUUAUUUCAAGUCUAAAAAAGGUAUUAGACAAGGAGAUCCUUUGUCUUUUUUUUUUCUUUUGGUGGGAGAAGCUAUGUCAUUCAUGAUACAAAAAGCACAAGAAAAUGGUUUGAUAUCAGGUUUUCAAGCAACUGAAGGUGGUAAUCUCAUCAGUCAUCUGCAAUUUUCAGAUGACACUUUAGUCUUAUUAGAUGCUGACAUUGAACAAGUCAAACAUCUUAGAUUACUCUUGCUUUCUUUUGAACAGCUUACAGGCUUGAAAAUAAAUUUUGCAAAAAGCCAGAUUUUUGGUGUAGGGUACACUGGUGAUUUAGCUCAUUUCUCUUCUGUUUUGGGGUGUUAUUAUGGAGUUUUACCAACUACAUAUCUGGGUUUUCCACUUGGGAACAAGAGUGGUGGUGUGGCAAAGUGGGAUAAGAUUAUAGACAGGAUAAUUGCAAGGCUAGCUGGUUGGAUAAAAUCAUUUUUGAGCAGAGCAGGUAAAAUAACUCUAACCAAUAGUGUAUUAUCCAGUUUGCAUGUAUAUUACAUGUCUUUAUUUGUGAUGCCAACCUCAGUUGCAAAGAGAACUGAAAGAAUAAUGAGGAAUUUCUUAUGGAAUGAUAAUAAAGGAAAGAAGAAAAUGAAGCUGGUGAAAUGGAGCAAAUUAUGUAGAAGAAAGAAAUGGGGUGGCUUGGGUAUUAAAAGUUUAGUACAGAUGAACAAAGCUCUUUUAACUAAAUGGUAA